AUGAAUAAAGAAAGAGCUGAAAAUGAUUACGGGUCUCAUACGGCCCUCGCUCCCUCUAAAGAGAAUUAUUACUCGACAAUCAAACAAGAUUUUCUGAAUAUUACAGCCCUGUCGAUGAGUAGCAGCAGUCUUUAUGACACUGGCGACAAGAGUUGGUCCAGGCCGAAGGAUUUCCACUUGGAACCGAUGUACAUCGAUGUGCUUGAGAGAUCCACUCCCAGAAAGUCUUCUCGCAAGAUGAAAUGUCUCGUGACGUGGAUGAUAAUUCUAACAUUGAUGUCACUAGCCUCUUUGGCGUUCACAGCAUUUAUCUUUUACACUGCUAGUUUUAGUAACGGUAAGAGAUUUUUAUGUUUAGAAGUAAGGAUAUAAAAUAUUGAAAUACAAGCCAUGAAAUACUACAGAGAACUCAAGAUAUAUCUACAAAUCCUUAACAAUGAGCUGAUUCUUUUCAGAGAAAACAAUACUUCCAUUUUAAUGUUGCAUACGUAUCACCCAUUAAGACUAUAAAGCAACUUCUGCUUGUCCACUUUUCAACAAAACGUACUUCGUUUUCAUCAGUAUUGCAAUAUCAUUUACUACAGCUUAUUCCUUUAUUUCCUACGUUAAAUUUUUUUAACUCGCUUUAGGGGGCCGGCUUUGAAACAGCAAUAUUUUGAAAAACGAGAUGGAAAUGUAAAUCCAGUUUUUCUGGAUCAAGAUUAAGCUGGUAAGUCCGGCACGUGAUUAGUCACGCAGUAAAGAAUUUGGCUACAUGAUUCGAUCUCAAAGCGAAACAUUUCCCGAACAAUCUUUCUCUUCAAAAGGGAGACUGAAAUCCAACAAUUUUUAUUGUCUUUUUACAGCAGUCUCUCUUUUUUUUUAAUCUUGCUAGCAGAAGAAUGAAAUCAAAUUCAGAGGCUGUAUUUGUUUUCCCAGGCUGUGACACGGAUGCAGUUAUUUUUGCUGUAGUAUGUCUAAUACAGCGGGAGAUAUCAUGUUAAGAAAAAAAAACCAAAAGACCAAAAAAACAAAACAAAAGAGCAAAAUAAAACAAAACAAGACAAAACAAAGCGAAACAACAACAACAGUUUCGUACGGAGCAUCGCCAAAAUAUCCUCACACUAAAAAGUAUUAAACAAACUAUCGACAAGGAAGAUAUUAAAAGCUACACGCACGUUCCCAUCCGGAGAGAGUGCGACAAGCCAAGCGAACUCCGUCCCUAUCUUCUUACAUGGUUCUUUUAUUAACACAGAUUCAUCUUUUCCUUUUAGAGCCGUAACCUUAAAAUACUGUUACCGACUGUCUAGGUUUUUUUUCACAGACGUUAUUUUAUUUUACAUUCAUAUCACAUUCAUGCGGCAAAAACAAAAGAAGCUUACAAUUAAGAAGCACGAAGUCAUGUGACAACGCUAGGUACAAACUGGUAAUAUGACCAUCAAAAGCUCAUAAGAUAACACUAAGGUUUACAUGUAUUAAUAGAAGUCAAGUAUACGAUUGUUAUUGAAAAGCAACAGAUUGAAUUUGGCCAUUUCGUUCAGUUCGGCUUUGUAUCUCCUUAUAAUAGGAGUUGUUCUUUGUAAUUUUUCUUUUGUCUUUUUCGUGAUCGGUUGUUUCUAAUACAAGGUUAUUGCAUUCUUUUAACACACAGACGAUAAGAUCAGAUACAUUACAAACCCGAAAUUUAGGACUAAGACCCUCACCUUUUGAGGGCAAAGGAAAUCUUACGGUGAAAAUCGAUGAUACCGGCUUCUCAGCAACACCAUGAGCUUGGCUCCUUCAAUCAUUUUACUCUCAGAUAGUUUUACGUUCCACCGAUUUUUUAAUGGUUUGAAAUCGAAGGCUGUUUAUUCUAUCGAUCUCUCAACUGAAGAAAACACAAAGAGCGUCAACGCAUCUUUGUCGUAUUGAAAAUUUACUGAAGAUAGGAUAAUACUGGAUUAAAAUGAUAAAUCACGGAUUUAGGUAUCCGUUGGACCCUCUACAGGUAAUUUAUCAGGUUGGCUAUCUUGAACUAAAAAUGGUCUACAUAACAAGAAAAAUGUGACAGAAAUCCCAAUCGUGCAAUAGCUCAGUUUCAACCAUGUGAACUAAUGUGCAUUAUUUUUUGGCUGUAAAAUCAAAAAAUUUCAAACAAAUGCAAUUUGACGAAGGAGAAGGAAGUGCUUUGAGAAUGCUCAGUGUUGCUUCAAGGCGAAUCACUGAAACUAAGUCGUGGCUUUUGCGCCGAAAAUUAUCCAAUUUUAAAUAUUUUUCUUCUCCCAUUCAGCCAACGAUCGAACUGUUUGAAAGGCUUAGGCUCAUUAUGGUCAUUUUAUCAUUUAAUUGCGAAGGGAGAAAAGGGAACGCGCAGGUGGGAAAUGAAACGAAUUAUUUCUUGUUUAGCACGCUGUAGGCAUGGUGAUAUCCACGCUGACGUCAAAUUACCGACGCCAAUGGUCUCCUAGAGUACUGGGCUAACCUACUUCCAUCCAAUUUAAUCACUAGCAAACAGAGGGUGCAACGGCCUGUACUCGGUACAACAAUGUGUAGCAAUAUUUGAUAAUAAAGAAUGACGUAUAAUUCAUUUUAACCUCAACCUUUUCGGUACACAUUACAUUUUUAGCUGCUUAUAUUUAUUCGGCAUUAAUAAGUUUUUUUUUUUGGUACAACUACUCAGCCGAUAAGCAUUAAUUCCGCAAAUAGAAAAGUGAAGAAAUGCAUGGUAAAUGGAAAACGAUAGGAGUUUUCCGGCCCAAAAUCAGAAUAAGUAUCCAUUAUUUCCAACCGGUAAUAGGUCAUAGUAAUGUACAUGAAAAAGACUACAAAUCGCAUUCAAAGGCUACAAAUCGCACUUGCCCUACGGGCUCAUGCAAUUUUGUUAUCAUUGAAAAAUUUACUCGUGCUUAUUACCACCAAAUUGCAAGAGAAAUCAUAAAUAUCCAGCGGACCGAAAAAUCAGUGCUUUUUUUUUUUUUUCAAUAAGCCGGCCUAUACUUUGGGAAAAACAAACUGUACCUCCAUGGCGAAAACUCAUUCUUGCUGGGGUAAGUUCAUUCCUAGCGAGCGAUUUAUUACCAAUGCUGCAAAAUAUUAGACUCCCCCACCCCCACCUUACUCCUUAUUUUUUGCUGUCCCUCACCCCCUUGGUACAGAUUUCUUUCGCAUCCCAGCCUUCUGCUGCCAUUAAAAUCAAAGAUGGCGGUCAUGAUUUUCGCUAAGAAAAUACUGAGCACUCGCUCGCCAAAUUACGCCUGCUCUACAGGCUACGUUCGGCAAGACUCAAAUGUAUUGUGCUGUUUUUAAAAACUUUUUGGUUUUCCAGUGAGAUACCUUUCAGAAUUUCACGAGCACAAACGGUACAGGCUUAUUGGCAUGCCAUAGGUGAAAAUGUCUUAGCGGGUAAAUGGUCCUAAGUUGUGUCAAAGGCCUGUUGCAAGCUUUCCGCAUGCGGCAAAGGUGUAGCGUGUUAAUCGGCUCUUGGGCAAAUUUAGAAUGUGGCUCAACUAAAAAUGUGUUUUUGUCCAACAUAAUAUACUAUCGUGAAACCAUUAACGCCUUCAAUUCGCCCCUUCUCCGUAAAUGGUCUUAAGUUGUGUUGUAGGCUUGUUGUAAGCUUGUCGCAUGCGGCAAAGCUAAGGUAUAGCGUGUUAAUCGACCCUUAGGCAAUUUUUGAAUGUGGUUCAAUCAAAAAUGUGUUUUUGUCCAACAUAAUUCACUAUCGUGAAACCAUUAACGCUUUUCAUCCGCCUCUUCUCCGUUCCUCUGUUCCGUUGACUCGUUGCCGCAUACACACAGUAAGGUCGACGACCAUAAAAAAUGUUUCAUCCAGUCAAUCAAUCUAAUAUUUGUGCGUGUAUUCUUAUACGAUUGCAGGUGGAACGUUUCUGGAGGAAGCGAAACCCUCAAGGAGCCCGGUAGAAAAUGAGAUCAUUGACAAAAUCAAUCAGCUCUCCCAAAAUGUGACGUUUCUACUAGAGAAACUGGUAAGAGAGGUGUCUUUUGUUGGUCAAAAACGCCCCUUGUGCGGGUGGAUGUUUAGGAUUUAGGGCAGAAUUCAUGCAGAUCAGCUUAACGAAUAUAUGAAUAUUGACUUUUUUCGGUAAUCAGAAAUAGAACUGUUCUAUGUAGUUUGCAAAAGUAUGUGAUGGCAAAACAUCAAUAAACUGAUAAACAAUACAAAAUAUCGCAUAAAUAAUCAAGAGAAUAUCAUACAUCAUGAAAACAAUAGAUUGUGAGAACCGUAUUAACAACAAUGAACUACUCAACUCCUCACUGAAGUCGGGAACUCCUCUGGAAAGAAACUGAGCGAUAAGUGCCUAUUAUAAAUGCUUGAAAUGUCUGCUUUUUGAAAUCUUAGAGCAGUUAUUACUUUCCCUUAAUUAAUCAACUUGAUAGUUAAUUUCCGGGUGAUGCAGCUGUAUAUCAUACUAAGAUAACAUAGGAAUUUUAUUUGGAACUUUACAUAAUAAUCUGGGCUAGGUCGUUCAAAGUGGGGUUUAGUAUAAUUUUAUAUAUAGCUAAUCCAGAGUUAGUAUGAUUUCAGAUCUGAAAGCUUUAAGAAAAAAUUUACGAUAAUUCUUUUCGACUACAAUUUGAUGAUUGGAUGUUCUAAAACGAGUAGGGAACAUUAUCCGAAAAACGCUUUGAACGAAGGAAUAAAGAAACCUGGAUUAAAAGUUGGCCGUGCCUCAUAACUGUCAAAAACGUUAAACUGCCGGGUGAAACCCUAAAAAAAAUUAAUAACAGCCUUCAUUUUGGCGCGAAAAUAUGCCCGCGGACAUUGCUUGUUUCGAGAUGCGAACAGUUGAUGGUCUAUAAUAUAAAUAGAAAUGUACAUUGCCCGUGCGAUUUCAGGAAAACGUCAGCAAAAUUCCAGGACCAAGAGGCGCACAAGGAAGGAACGGAUCCGCCGGACCACAAGGUCCUCGUGGCUACAAUGGCACCAAUGGUAGCAAUGGAGCACGUGGUGCACCCGGGUUACCUGGACUUCCAGGGAAACCGGGAUUUAAUGGAACUCGGGGUUUCAACGGAACAAGAGGUUCACGAGGCCUUCCGGGUGUUCCAGGUCCAAGAGGGAUUGGAAACCUCAGCUCUUGUGUUCAUGAUUUUAAAGAGGAGAGUGUGACGCGUGGAAAAUCCGCCCAAAAUGACGUGCAAGUAAGGGACGUAUUGGUGAGUAAAUCUAAGGUAAAUCUGAGGUCGAGUUUGAAUGAAAAAUCAAGUGUCCAACAUUUUUAAACGAAAUGAGGACCCAUACCAGUAGAAACAAUAAUUUUUAUUUUGAUCAGACUCAAUUUUUCAAUUAAGAAAUUGGUCAAAAAAAUUUCAAGGGCAAUAUCGAAAAUGUUUAUUAAUGAGCAUUUGGGAAUAUUUAUACUUCCCCCUCUACGCAUUUCUGACACUCUCAAUAUCACCGCUGUUCUCGUCUCCUUGCGAAAACAUUUGCUGGAAAAAAAAAAAAAAAAAAAAAAAAAAAAAAAACCACUGGGUCAAAAAUGAGUUUAAAAAACUAAACUGAACAGAGUACUUCCCUUAUGGCUCAUGAUUUAUUCAUUCAUUCAUCUAUUCAUUCAUUCAGUCAUAUAUUCAUUAAUCUCUAUUUAUUUAUUUGCUAAAUUAUUACGAUGACGUGGCGUUAGUGACACCGGUGACGACGAUCAAGCCUUUUAGGGCGAUCAUGAUGAUGCUGUUAAUGACGAUGAUUGCGCUUUUGAUAUCUAAUUUAUUGAUUUAGUUGUGUGUGUGGUUUUUUUGUUUGUUUGUUUUGGUCUGUUUUGGUUUUUUAUGGUUUUUGUUUUGUUUUGUGUUUUUUUAGGGCAAGAAGAUUAUCAGUGCUGUUUGCUCAUCAAAUGAUGCCCUUAAUUAUGGUCUUUCCGUCAAAAACGUAACCGAAGGUCACGUUUAUAAAUGCAUAUGCAGUGGAUCUCGGAACUCUACUGCGAAAAGCAUGAUAUGCAGAAUUGAUUACUGGUUAUGUGAGCUUUGAUGUUUUACCAUAUGCAUGAUUAUGACGCGAUAUUUCCUUCUGAAAAUGUGCUUCAGCUAGAUCAGCAAUAAUAGAUUCAAGACUGUUCAGCUUCACAAGUCAAAAACAAUAUUCAAGACGUGAAUUUUGCACAAUGAUGCUAGUUGGAAGAAGUACUUCUAUUCUGAACGAAGCCCAAACCUAAAGGCAGACUAAGUGAUCACCACUGUCAUGAAAUUAAUAAGCAAAUUUAAAGUGAAAACAACAAAACCUGCAAAUUAACAAAAGAUAUCCGUUUGUGUAAUCGAUUAUAUUUUGUUGACUAAGAAAUUAUUUGCCCAACGCUAGGAGGAUAAGACAUUUCUCGACAAAAUAUCUGUAAAUUUCACUUACUAAAUAAUAUUGGCCCAUUUCUUUCGCAUCGAAAAUCGCACGCGGACGUACACAUUUCUUUAUAAAAAAAACUGAAGUAUUUCCCUUGGAAAGCUUUGUCUGAAGGACGUUUAUGUCCAGUGCGUCCUAACUUCAUCGGACGAAAUUAAAGUCCCAAAACAAGAAAAUCCUUAACAAAACUAAUGGCCAUUCAGCAUGGAUAUGUUGUCACUUAAUGGUAAUAGGACCGAGUUGAGUCCAAUUCGGUCUGUAUUCAUACGAGUGAUUAAGUUGGACGACCGCGAAGCGGAAGUCCAAUUUGUCACUCACGAGUAUGCUUACAGACAGAAUUGGACGACAAGAAGUCCUGUUACCAAUUAAUCAUAACCGUUGCAAUUUCCGAAAACAACAAAUGCAUUUAGGUCAAAUAUCUCAAGUAGAGACCGUCUAAAGUAAAAAAAUUCCUCCAUUUUGGAAACUCCUCGAUAUUUUUCUAGGAAGAGUGGUUGUUGCUAUGGUUAUUGCGAUUAAUUCUGUGAUUGGUGGAUUUAGCUCAGUGGACUUGGUAUGAUUGGCUACUUCGACUGUCCGAUUACAGGUGUCUGAUUACAGCCAAUGUCCGCCUACGCUUUCCGAUUACAGCCCUAGCUACAGAAUGAUAAGUGAAAAGUAGAGCAGCUAAUGCACCAAUCAUUUUUGAAGAAAAUUGUAAUGGUUAUGAUUAAAUUUAAAAUCACAUCUGUGUAUAUAAAAGUAAUUUUUGUUAGAAUCAUAAAUUGGGAAAAAUUAGACUAUUCACUCCCUUCGCGUACUAUGGGGAAGGGAGGGAAGGGGGGGAUAAAAAAAUGGCCGCUGUUACAGCAGGUUAAUAAUUGUAUCUGAAACAAAUUUGUACGACUUACACCCGUUAAAAUCCAAUGCAACUGAAUUAGUGAAUGAAUGUGCUUUUCUGCUUUGUAAAUUUACAUGCCAGGUUGCUUUCUGUAAUUAGAUCUUUUGAUUCGGUCGACUAUAGACUGAUUAGGCUAUACGGUAAACCAAGAGAAUGUAUUCUUUUGUGUAUUCAACAUCACGUCUAAAAAAUAUCUUUGGGCGCCUAUUAUUGAAUAAGCAACUGCAUUCUAAGCUAUGUGUCUAGAUUUUUACGUCAAUUUGAGCUCUGUAAUCAUCAUAAUCAGUAUUUGAAAAUUUCUCAUCUCAAUUCGUUAAAAAAUAUCUAGGGUUUAGGAUUUUUUUCAUAAAAUCAUUACAUGAUUCUUCUCUAGGGUACUAUAAAAAUAAAUGUAAAUAAAGA